AGCUACUUAGUUGCACUCCAUCACUUGCUAAGCACGUACAACCAGGAGACGGUUGCCUGCUACCUAAUGGAACGCUUCCGAGAACACAUGGCUUGGUCUAAACCUUACUUGAAAAACUUCUGCAAAGGGAAAUGUACUUCGGCGCUGUUCUGCUUAUCGAGGAGCAUGACCUGGGGGAGAGAAAAGUGCAGGAGUAUCAAUCCCAGGUGCCCCCAAUAUUCGAAGCGAUAAUAAGGUCCUUUAAGAAGAGAUUGGCGAAGAAUCGUCUGAAUCUACCCGCCUCUCAGAUAGCAGCUUUUAUGCAGUUUCUAGACGGCAUUGCCGUACACGUGGGCGGCAUGCCGAAGGACAAGGAUCACCGCCGCUUUGUAAAGGAUUACUACGCAGAUCUGGACUUUGAAGAAGGGGACAACUUCAGCAUCCUUCUGUUAAAGAUCAACAUGCUACGCACACGUCGGCUUUUGGAGAAAAUAGAUUAUCCGGUGUCGUCACAUCCGAAUACCUUGGAUAUACCCAAUGCUGUGGAUUUCAACCUGCCCUACGCAGCUUUGGCCGAACCUUCGUUCAUGACUCGUGGCCACGAUGUCUUCAAGUUCAAUGGCAUUGGCGUAUUCCUGGCUAGUCAAGUAUUUGCAGCAUUCCAUAACUUGGAUGCGGACUACAAUUGCCAGGAUUUCACUGUUUUCCUUCGCUCUUUAGAUGAUCUUGAUUUAUUUACCAACAAAGAAGUGCUCUGCGCUGACGACCCAUCCAUUACAAUCGAAGACUUGGACAAAUUGGAUAUAGUUCUCCUAAGUUUGGUGCAUGAUGCGUACUUCUCCGCGGGUUCGGGAUUUGACCAGGCGCAGCCUUUCUUCACCAAUGUGCCGCUGAAAGAGCUGUUCUUUUUACAAUUCGGGCAGAGGUUCCUACACGAUUUCAUUUUCUCCAGACGUAAUUCUGGUUUCAACGGAAUUCUGCCCACCUUGCCUGCCUUCGCCGAGGCCUUUAAUUGUUCGAGUUCCUUCCUUCAAACUUAAAUCUGUCAAAUAUUCUCUUUAUAUGUUGUACGCAUUAUGAUACCUUAUCAUAUAUCGAGUUUAAUGACAUUCGAGAAGCGAUCUUCUAUACCAGCAGCCAUUCACCAGGGACUGCUAUAAAUAAAAUGCGAUUAAAUCCUCUAUAUCAGU